CCCAACAGAGCAGCUCCCACAAACACGGCUGACUCAACACAGCCUUCUCCUGCCUCCCCUCGUCUGUCUCCCCAUCCGGCUCUCCUGUCGCUCAGAGCAGCAAUCGCAAAGCAACUUGCUGCAGAUCUCGUCCUCCUGUCGAGCAGCCUCCGCUUCUCACGGCCGGGACACCCCUCCUCAUCAUGGUCCGACUCUCCAAGCUAUCGGUCUUGAGCACUGCGGUGUUCUCUUUUCUACUGCUGGUCACCCUCGCCCAGUUCUACCUGCUGCCCAGUCUGCAGCUUGAAGGCCCCGUCGAGUUUGAUAUGUUUGGAAUCCACCCGCAGGGCCCUCGUAUCCCGCAGAUCAUCCACCAGUCUUGGAAGACCAGUGAGCUGCCAAAGAGAUUCGAGAAGUGGGCAAACACAUGGAAGCGACAUCAUCCCACAUGGACCUAUGUCCUUUGGACAGACGACAUGAACCGCAGGCUCAUCGAGACCAGCUUCCCGUGGUUCCUCGACCUAUACGACGCCCUUCCAAAGAACAUCAACCGAGCCGACGCCUCUCGCUACUUUUACAUGUACAAGUACGGAGGGGUAUAUGCCGACCUCGACAUGGAGUGUCUCCGAGCUAUGGAUGCUCCCUAUGACAAAGACCAGCCGUCGCUGACCGAUCGUGCGUCGGCCCUCAUUGCCUUCAUGGGCACCAACACACAGUUUGAGCACUCGCUGCCAAACGCAUGGAUGGCGAGUGCACCCGGACAUCCCUUCUGGAUGUUCGUCGUCAACGAGAUGAUCAAGGCCCGAAGCAGCGGCAAGAGCGGCACCGAAGAGCUUACCGGGCCCGUCGUCCUGCACUCGGCCUGGAAGAUUUACUCGCAACUCAACGUCACGGAGGUCAACCGCUUAGUAGCCCUGGAUCAUGAGUUCAUCUUUCCGUACGACUGGAGCAACUCUGAUGGCUUUGUUGAGGUUUGCAGCGCCCAGCUCUCCACACUCGACGAGAAAGAAUGCAAGCGGCGAUUGAAUGCCGAAGGCAAGCCUGGCCAGAAAGCCUAUGCGCUGACGUACUGGUCCCACACCUGGGAGCCCGAAAGAGCCAACCAGGACAUCCUGGACAACCCAGCAAACGAUACCACCAACACGACGAAAAGCCAGUGAUGCCAGGGAAUGUUGCCAGAGACGAUGCCAGGGAUGUUGCCAGGGAUGAUGCCCCGUCGCUGGUCUUUUUCCUCUCCCCUCUCUGUCUGUGCCAACAAAGUUGCUCCGCUGCC